CGUGGGCCUACGAUGGUACAGAUAGCAGGCGGAGGCAUGGUAGGCAAGUGAUAUGUGUGUGAGUGGUAUGUACUAUAUAUCUAGGGGACCACCGCCGUCUUGCCUUGUUUUCCAGCUCUUGUUGAUUUAACUCGACCGCAUCCCCGGGUUUCUUGGGUGCCAUCUUGGCACGGCUGUAGGAACCGACUUCUUGGGCUGCCUACUUUUGCCUUGGCUGCCUAUCUGUCUGCUUGCCCAUCCCGCCCCUAUACGUCGCCGAAUAAUUAUAUAUAUCCAUAAGCGAGGUCAAUUAGAACGAAAGAAGAAACAGCAGCCAUCUUUGACUACUUACUCCCGCCGGCAAAAUGCGCUGGGCACCGCUCGUGUUGUCGGCGCUGCUGUCCGUGGCGGCGGCCGGUCGAGAUCUCGGUCACGCUGGCAAGCGCCACAAGGAGCACUCAGAGGCGAGAGCGGAGCACGCUUCGCCCAGAGACCACUUUGCCGACGGCCUCCCGCUGCUCGACCGCCAGGCCAAGAGUGGCCCCUUGUUUCUGAACGCCAACACGUCCAAAUUUGCCGUCGACGGCAAGAAGAUUCCCGAUGUCAACUUUGACGUCGGCGAGUCGUACGCCGGGUCUCUGCCCAUCAGCAGCGACCCCAAGGAGAAGAGCAAUCUCUUCUUCUGGUUCUUCCCCUCGACCAAUCCGGCCGCCAAGAAGGAGAUUCUCAUCUGGCUGAACGGCGGUCCUGGGUGUUCGUCCUUCGAGGGACUGCUCCAGGAGAACGGGCCGUUCGUGUGGCAGUACGGCACGUUCAAGCCCGUGGCCAACCCGUGGAGCUGGACCACGCUGACCAACGUAGUGUGGGUCGAGCAGCCCGUCGGCACCGGCUUCUCAACCGGCAAGGUCACGGCUACGAGCGAGGAGGACGUGGCCAAGCAAUUCCUGGGCUGGUUCAAGAACUUUGUCGACACCUUUGGCAUGCACGGGUACAAGGUGUACAUUGCCGGCGAGUCGUACGCCGGCCUGUACUGCCCGUACAUAGCUAGCGCCAUGGUCGACGCCAAGGACACGACGUACUACAAGAUCUCGGGCAUGGUCAUCUACGACCCCGUCAUCACGUGGGACGAAGUUCAAGAGCCGAUCCCGACGCUGCAGUUCACCGAGUACUGGGGCGGGCUGUUCCCGUUCAACGAAACGUUCCGCGCGCAGCUCAAAGCGGCCGACGCCAAGUGCGGCUACUCGGCCUGGGUCGACAAGUACCUCGUGUACCCGCCCAAGGGCCACAUCCCCAUGCCACUCCCAGGAACCGGCAAGGACGGCAAGACGACUGACGAGUGCUGGAACAUCUACUGGGGGGUCUGGGACGCCAUCACGUGGAUCAACCCGUGCUUCGACAUCUACCAGGUGGCCACGACGUGCCCGCUGCUGUGGGACGUGCUGGGCUUCCCCGGGUCCAUCCCCUACCUGCCCGACGGCGCCGCCAUCUACUUUGACCGCGCCGACGUCAAGGCGGCCAUCCACGCGCCCAAUGUGACUUGGGAGGAGUGCUCGAGCAACGAGGUCUUCGUCGGCGGCGUCGACAAGUCCCUCCCGUCGUUCCUGCACGCCAUCCCCAACGUCGUCGACAAGACUAAGAACGUCAUCAUCGCGCACGGGGCGCUGGAUAUGAUCCUGCUGGCCAACGGCACACUCCUAGCCAUCCAAAACAUGACGUGGGGCGGGCAGCUGGGCUUCUCGCGGCGGCCGACGGACCCGUUCUACGUGCCGUACAACGAUCACGCCGAUUCGGAUUCAACGCUCGCAGCGGGUGGCGUGUUCGGCUCCGUGCUCACGGAGCGCGGGCUGUCGUACGUCGGCGUAGAUCUGGCCGGGCACAUGAUCCCGCAGUACGCGCCGUCAGCCGCCUACCGCCAGCUCGAGUUCCUGCUGGGCCGCGUCGCCUGCCUCAACUGCACGGCGCCCUUCACGACUGAUGUCAAGGCCCCGCAGAGCGCGCAGCGCCUCGGCCUUGGGACUGCGCCCCAGGGCUGGAGUACCGCCUCGUCGCAUCCGCAUGGGCCGGGCCGCCGCAGGGCGCAGAAGAUGAAGAAGUGAGGCGCUGGGGGAGUGGCAGGUGGAAUGGUAGUAGCUAAUCGUACAAAUCAACACAAGUAUAAAAGGGGCGGUGAAGUUAGUUAGUCAGUUACAGAGUACGAUCAGCUACUCUAUAAACAUACUCUGUAAACUAACUCUAUAAGCUCACUAUAAUGCAAUUAUGGCGGGACAAGAUUCACAUCCU